UCGUGAUUGUUGUACAGGCUAUCUUUUUGUUGUUAAAACUCGUUAUCUCGUUUUCUAAAUUAACGGCUAAAUCUAUAAAAAUUUAAGCAUAUAAAAUCUAGAACAUUAAUUCGUUAAAAUGGGUAGUACAGAAGUAGCAGACUUAUUGGGAGAACUAUGCUCUGCCUUGCCAAAAGACAAGAAAGAAGAUGCCUACAAAAUCACAAUUACAUAUCUUAACUCCUUUUCUGAUGGUUGGAAUGGAACUACAAUUGAUGAAUUACAGUUGUUCAGAAACAUUCAAGACCACAUUAGAAAAAUUAAAUCAAAAGAAGAAGCUGAGCUAUAUCAAGGAUUGCAUGAAAGAUUAUUCAAUAAUAGAUACCCAAAAAAUAAGAAGCAAAUUUUAACUCUUCUUUUAAACUUAAGUGGUUACUCAAACAAAUCUCAUACUAGAUUCACCAUGCUUUCAAAUACUCUUUCUUAUAAACCUACAAAUGGUGGAAUAAAUAAAAUGAAAUCUGCGAGAAGCGCGCCUUUAGAAGUUGAGCGACUGUAUAAAGCACACAGUGUAAAGUCAUUUAAUACUCAAUCAACCGCCGAUUGCACAAUGGUUCCUAUGCAGGUUUUAUCUAAACAAGGAUCUGAUAUAAGUUUAUAUGUAGAUGAUGUUGCAGAAGACAAAUUGGUUCAAGAAUUAGUGUAUUGUUUUCAAGGUAUUGAGGGAGAAGUGUUAAAGAGAGAAGCGGCUGGUGGGUUUUAUAUUGACCCACGAUCAAAAUUGAGACGGACUCAUUUAAGACUUGUUUUACGACUUGCAGAAUUAGGAUAUUUUCACGAUAAGGUCAAGCAAUAUACUGAUAUAAAUUCAGGAAUGGCACCUUUGGGGUUAGUAGGCCAAGGAUUUAUAUCAGAAUUGCGAAAAGAAUUAACAGAGUACUAUCGUAUGGUAGCUGUGCUACAUGAACAAGUGAGAAAAAAUAAUGAGUUUCAAGAAUCCAUUACUUUAUUAAAUUUGUUAUGUUGGGUAAGGAGUCCUAUGCAUCGCUUAAAAUGGUUGUGCCGAAUAGCUAAUUCCUGCGAAGGUUGUAAAGGUGGGGCUUUGGCAUCAAUGGUUUAUUCAUUUCUUUGGCAUGGUGACCCAAGAGUAUCAGCAUUAUCUAGUCAAGUAUUGAGUGCAGCUUGCGCUCCUUUAUACACCAUGCUCACUGAUUGGUUAUUGGACGGUGAGAUCAAGGAUCCUAGUCAAGAAUUUUUCAUAGAAGCCUUGCCAAAUAUUUCUGGAGAUAGAUUAUGGCAUCAAAAGUAUCGUGUGAGAACUAAUAUGUUACCUGAUUUUAUAACUAUGGAAGAAGCAGAAAAAAUAUUGGCUACAGGAAAAUGCAUUAACUUCUUACAAGAAGUAUGUCAGGACUCUCUGCCUCUUGAAGGCAGAGAAGCUUUGAAACGUGUUCUUCAGACAUCAAAUGUGAAAUCUCUUUAUGACAAGAAAAAAGAUUCUGCUCUACAUUCAGUUAUGGAUACAGCUUAUCGUGAUGCUUCUAGAAGAGUCUUAGAUACAUUGAUGGGAAAACAUAAAUUAUUGGAGCAUUUACAAGCACUAAGGCGUUAUUUGUUAUUGGGACAAGGAGAUUUCAUAAGACAUCUGAUGGAGCUGUUAGAACCAGAGCUUGCAAAGCCUGCAUCCCUCCUAUUUCGCCAUAAUAUGUGCAGCAUGCUUGAGAGUGCUAUCAGAGCAACAAAUGCACAGUUUGAUGAUCCGGAUAUUUUAAAUAGAUUAGAUGUGAAGCUUAUUGAAUCAUCUGCUGGUGAUACAGGUUGGGAUAUAUUUUCCUUGCAAUAUCAUGUUCAAGGACCAAUAGGAACAGUGUUUGAAUCAACUGAAAAUGAAUAUUUGAUAUUAUUUAAUAGCUUGUGGAAAUCAAAGCGUAUGGAGUUUAUUUUGUCGAGAUUGUGGCGAGAGCAAAUGACAUCUACAAGAUUUUUACAAGAUAUGAAAAAAUUGCGCCCUAUCAUGCAACAACUUCAUAUUUUAACCUCCGAGAUGGUACACUUUAUUCAUCAAAUACAAUAUUAUAUUUUGUUUGAAGUAUUGGAGUGUUCAUGGGCAGCACUUAUAGAAGAAGUAAAUAAAGCCGAAAGUUUGGACCAUGUGCUUUCAGCCCACCAAGAAUUUUUAAAUACUGUACAUGCUGGUGCAAUGUACUCUGGUCCAGGAAAUAAUCUGUUAACAUUAUAUACACCUAUUGUGGAACUACAACGCCUUCAAACAGAAAUAUAUAAUGCCGCAUUUAAAGAACUUCAAGCUCAAAAAGACUUUCUGGAUAAAAUAGAAGCCUCUGAAAAACUUGGUGAAUAUGGAGUCAAUAAUGAACAAAGGUUUGAACGAGAUCAGCAACAGAAAAACUUUGAACAUUUCAUUGAUCUAAGAAAAGAAAAACUUAAUGGCAUAUCUUCAAUAUUUGGAUCAUCUUGCAAGAACUUCCUUCUAAUGCUUUCUUCUUCAGACAACGUUAAUCUGCAAUUACUAAGCAAUAGGUUGGAUUUCAAUGGCUUUUAUAAGAGAAGUGACUUCAGACUAAAUGCCCCAUUAACCUAUCAAUACAAGAGAAUGAGCAAUAUGAAUCCUGGUGCAAAUUCAAGGAUGUCAAUUAACAAAUUUAGAACCAAGUGACAUCAAAUUCAGAAAAAUACUGAAACUUUGGAGCCUCGUAAUAUAAUGCUGAGCCCUAACAAAAAACUUGAAGAUGCAAAUAAAUUAAAAAUUGAACAAUGCUCACAAAGUAAUGAAAUUGAUUUUCAUUUACAAGCUAUAACACAUGAGCACAAUUUUACUAACUCACAUUGUAGUGUCCUAAGAUAUGGUAGUGUUGACGUAUUGUGUCCAAAAAAAUGUAAGAAAAAGAUCUGAUGUUGCGUGGGGUGAGUGCAAUUAUUACGAGUUUUAGCACUCACUCCCUAUGAAUUGUCAAAGAUUGAAAUUUGUUUGUAAAAAAGACUAAAA